GGAACUUCCGGUCCACUUGUAAUCUCAUAACAAGAAGUCAUGGUGGAAACCGGAGGAGAAGCAGAGGCUAAACCUGCCCUGACGGCGGCGCAGAAGCAGCUUCAGCGCCAGAGACUGGAGCUGGACCACUGGAAGCAGAACGCAGCGCGGCUCCGAACCCGGAACCGGCUGACGGGCCUGGCUAUCGGAGCAUUUGUGAUCGGCAUGUUUAGCUACACCAUCCUGUCUGUCAAGCAGGAGAGAAUCGUGGAGGAACUGGAUGAUGAAGCCAGGAUCCACAUUAUGCGAGGGCCACGGACUGGUGCCAACUCCUGAACAUAAACUCCUCUGGACUCAUAGAAUCACAGAACAUAUACAUAUGUAUUUAAAGAUGUUAACAGGUUUUUCAUUGUUGCUUUUUUGUUUGGAAAUACAUAAAACUUAACUGAACAUGU